UGGCACUCUGACAGAGGGAUCAGCUGACGGGACCGCUCCCACACUGUACCGCAGCGGAGUCGCGAUUGUGUAUAGCGCUGUGCUGUAUAGCGCUGGUGAGAUAUUCUCAUAUUCAAUGUCGACAUGGCCGGAGCGGCUUUCCUGUCACUCGUGCUGUUAACUCUGUCUGUAAAUACACUAGGUGACUCGGGACCGAUUAUCACUCUCAACAUUGGAGGUUUAUUGUUUGCAACUUCUGCCAACACUAUAUUGAGGUAUCCCGACUGCCUGAUCGCUCAGGACUACAGGACAGAGAGGACCUCCUACUUCUACGAUAGAGACGGAGAGUUGUUUAGGCAUGUCCUCAACUAUCUCCGCGUCGGCAAGCUUCUGCUACCAAGGUCCUUCGACCAGCUCGACCAGCUCAAGGAAGAAGCGCGGUUCUUCGAGUUGUACAGCCUCCAUGAUGACAUAACAGAGCUUCAAGCCAAGUUGGAAGACGACCAUCCUCAUCGGGACAAGAAACACGCUAGGAAACUCCACAUGACUCAGGGAGACCCCUCUCUUCCGGACAGGAUCUCAAAAUUCACAAGCGAUACUGGAGACGUAACCUUUGAAUGCGUCAUCGUGUGUGCGGACGAAGAUGGCAAGAUUGAGAGGUGGUUCUCAGCACCCGUCGAUCUUAGAUUCGAGAACAACGGCUGCCUGUUGGGUGACUGUGACAUGAUGACCGGUUAUUCCCACAUCCUCGACUACAGGGACUAUACUGCAAGGCCUGGCAACACGGUCCCUGAUCAGUUCAACAUAGCUGCCAUUGUUGCUAGACUACUUAAGGCUGGUUUUGAAUUAGUUUCUAGCAGCAGCGGGAUGGACGAGUGGCACAGAGAGUUCUAUUUUGUAUUGAUCAGAAAAAUCAAUAAAUCUCAAUAGUUUA